AUGGACGAGCAGCCCAGGCUGAUGCACGCCCACGCGGGGGUCGGCAUGGCCGGGCACCCCGGCCUGUCCCAGCACUUGCAGGACGGGGCCGCGGGCGCCGAGGGGGAGGGCGGCAGGAAGCAGGACAUCGGGGACAUCCUCCAGCAGAUCAUGACCAUCACCGACCAGAGUUUGGACGAGGCGCAGGCCAGAAAACACGCGUUAAACUGCCACCGAAUGAAGCCGGCCCUGUUUAACGUGCUGUGUGAGAUCAAGGAGAAGACAGUUCUGAGCAUCCGGGGCGCCCAGGAGGAGGAGCCCACAGACCCCCAGCUGAUGCGCCUGGACAACAUGCUGCUGGCGGAGGGCGUGGCGGGCCCCGAGAAGGGGGGUGGCUCGGCGGCGGCAGCGGCGGCUGCGGCGGCCUCCGGAGGGGCCGGCUCUGACAACUCGGUGGAGCACUCGGACUACAGAGCCAAGCUGUCCCAGAUCAGACAGAUCUACCACACGGAGCUGGAGAAGUACGAGCAGGCCUGCAACGAGUUCACCACCCACGUGAUGAACCUGCUACGCGAGCAGAGCCGGACCAGGCCCAUCUCCCCGAAGGAGAUCGAACGGAUGGUGAGCAUCAUCCACCGCAAGUUCAGCUCCAUCCAGAUGCAGCUCAAGCAGAGCACGUGCGAGGCCGUCAUGAUCCUGCGCUCCCGCUUCCUGGACGCGCGGCGGAAGAGACGGAAUUUCAACAAGCAGGCGACGGAAAUCCUGAAUGAGUAUUUCUAUUCCCAUCUCAGCAACCCUUACCCCAGUGAGGAAGCCAAAGAGGAGCUGGCCAAGAAGUGCGGCAUCACCGUGUCCCAGGUAUCAAACUGGUUUGGGAAUAAGCGAAUCCGGUACAAGAAGAACAUAGGUAAAUUUCAAGAGGAAGCCAAUAUUUAUGCUGCCAAAACGGCUGUCACUGCCACCAAUGUGUCAGCCCACGGAAGCCAGGCUAACUCACCCUCAACUCCCAACUCGGCCGGUUCUUCCAGCUCUUUUAACAUGUCAAACUCUGGAGAUUUGUUCAUGAGCGUGCAGUCACUCAAUGGGGAUUCUUACCAAGGGGCCCAGGUUGGAGCCAACGUGCAGUCACAGGUGGAUACCCUUCGCCAUGUUAUCAGCCAGACAGGAGGAUACAGUGACGGACUGGCGGCCAGUCAGAUGUACAGUCCCCAGGGCAUCAGUGCUAAUGGAGGUUGGCAGGAUGCGACUACCCCCUCAUCAGUGACGUCCCCUACAGAAGGCCCUGGCAGCGUCCACUCCGACACCUCCAACUGA